AUGGAUCUUGCAAACCUACUCUCGGCCCCGAACCCGGCGGCUCUGGUCACACCGGCCUACACACCUGCCUCGUCCUACACUCCAACGGGGAGCUACUUUCCUCCCACUACCACCGCACAGAAGCGGUCGCCCCCUCAACAGCCCCCAAUGUCUCCGCCUGUCGACGAGCAACAGCAGCAACAACCCAAGUGCUCUCUCCCGUCCAUCUCGACUCUGCUCGAGAACGCAGAUGGCCAGCACGCUGCCAAGCGUCAACGCCUCAGCCCCCCAACUCAAGCAGCCCGUCUCGGCCGCUCGCAGUCCUAUGACGUCUGCCUGCCCCCAACGCCGCCAAUGCGGCCUGGCUCCGGCACCAGGAGCCACAGCCACUCGCCUGGCGAUCCAGCCCUGAACAUGAAGCAGGACUCGCAGCACCGCCAACCCCCCUCAGAGCGCUCCUCUAUCUCCAGCCAGGCCUCGUCGACGCACCACGCCGCCACUGCUGCGGGUGCAUAUGCCUCGCCUGCACCCAGUGUCUCGUCGUAUACGUCGCCCGUUGAUGGCCCGCCCCAAGGCGCGGGAAUCAACCUUCCAGCCCGUCGUCACCACUGGCCCGGCGCCGGCAAUGUCAAGGCAAAUGUCAAUGGCAAUGCCUCUUUCUCAACCGCCCCCAUCCUCCAACUCAUCUGCUACCACUACCAUCAUCUCCCCCGGCACACCAGCCUGGCAACACCACCACUACUUCCCCCCUCCAGCAGCGCGCCCUACCAACAGACCCACGACCGCUACAUCUGCCGCACAUGCCACAAGGCAUUCUCGCGCCCUUCCUCGCUGCGCAUCCACUCCCACUCGCACACCGGCGAGAAGCCCUUCCAGUGCACGCAUGCAGGAUGCGGGAAGUCGUUCAGUGUCCGCUCUAAUAUGAAGCGUCAUGAGCGCGGGUGCCAUUCUGGGAGACCUGUUUCGGUUGCUGCUUCUGUGGCGCAGACUCUUGUUGUUUGA